CAUUCUCACAGUCACACGUUUCUCUAAAAUAUUUUAAAAAAUAUUUAAAAAAAAAACCAAAAUAACACAAAACAAUAAAAAAACAUAAAAACACCAACACCACCGGCAUUAUACCAUCCUUUAAGAAUGCCGCGUACAAAGCCCACACGCAAGACCGAUGUCAUCGGUAACUUGGAUCUGAAUCCUGAAGAUGCUGUGCCCUACUUCCGGGAAUCACUCCAACAGGAGAAAUUCUUCGUUAAGCCUCCGAACUGGGAUUCGCCUGGAGACUCUAUUGAGAUGUUGUUCCUUUCCAAUCAGCGAGAGUACGAGCAAAUGACAAUUUUAAAGAAGGAGCUCUUUGAGACCGCAAAGAAUCAGGCCGAGAUCAACUGCACUCGUAUUCAGAAAAUGUACAAGACCCAGGAUCGGUUGCGGAAACGGUUCAUUGAGGUGAACAGCUUUAUCAAGGACUGCGCGGACAAGAGGCGUAGUGCUGAGAAGGCAAUUCAGCAUGAGAGUGAACUUCACGAAGAACUAACGGGUGGCAUCGAUGAAUGCAAUAGCUCCAUUAAAGAACUGGAUGCAUUUCGCAACGACCUAAAGCGAACGGUUAAGGAAUUCGAGCCCUACGAGCGCGUCUUGGAUGAUGUUGUGAAGGUAUCGGACAUAUUUGAGUCUCCAAAAGAUUGCAUGGAUCGCUGCGAUGCACUCAUGCUCGCCCAAGUGGAAAUCAACAAACUGGAAAUGCAGAAGAUACAAGAAAUUGAGGAAAUGCGAAAAACUAUGCUCAAAGUAACCAACGAAGCAGCCUUAGCUGUUCUGGGGCUGAAGAAUGAUUUGGCCAAAUUGGAGCGUUCAUAUAAUCAGUCGCGUACUAUGUGCCUGAAAAUGGAGAAGCUUUUGACCACCACCAAGGAAACAAUCACUACGAACGACCUGGACAAGGAACGAGCGUUGGACGGUGUUCAAAUUAUGUAUCGCCUGCUGUGCAAGAGACGCGAUAUGGAACCUGAAUUUGGCCGCCGCGAUCUAGAAAAGUCACUAGACUUUAUCAAGCGAGAGGUGGAACUUUUAGUCAGGGUUCUGCGUAAGGCUCAGGCGAAACAAAGUUCCCACAAACCUGGAAAGCAUGCAACGCAUGAGGAUCCGCCAUGUUAGCGCCGGGUAUUGCGGUAUUAAUACACUUACUAAACACAUUAAAACAAGUGAAUAAAAAAUAAAAAUAAUACUUCGGA